UACACUCAUCAUACUCAUAACUCAUCCCAUUUAUAAAUUGGGGACACCUGCUUAUUCUAGCAAGAAAUAGUGCACUAGUAUUAUAGAGUUACCAAAAAAAAAAAUUAUAGAGUGACCAUGUUCCCUUCUUGCCUGAGCCCCACCUCCUUGUACGGCGGCUUUCUACGCGUUUGCCUCUCCGCCGCCGGCCUCACUUCCCAGACCAUAGACAUAGACGACGAGACCACCAUCCACUUCUGGGGCCCGAACCCGAAGCCCAACUCCAAAUCACCCCCAAAGCCCACACUAGUCCUCAUCCACGGGUUCGGGCCUCACGGCGUGUGGCAGUGGCGCUCACAAAUCGCGGUUUUCGCACGAGACUACAACGUCUACGUCCCGAGCCUGGUGUUCUUCGGCCGGUCCACCACCAAAUCCUCGGACCGGUCCGAGGUGUUCCAGGCGAAGUGCAUCGGGAAGCUCCUGGUGGAGAAGCUGGGCGUGGAGAAGUUUUCGGUGGUGGGGACGAGCUAUGGUGGGUUUGUGGCGUACCAUAUAGCGAGAAUGUGGGCGGAGAGGGUGGAGAAAGUGGUGGUUGCGAGCUCCGGGAUUAACAUGAACAAGAAAGACAGCGACGAUCUGCUGAAGAGGGCCAACGCCGAGAAGGUUGAGGAGUUUCUGCUGCCCACGACGGCGGGGCAGUUGCGGACGUUAAUAUCGUUGUGUAUGUUCCGCGGUCCGAGUUACUUGCCGGAUUUUGUGUUCAACGAUUUCAUUAAGAAAUUGUACAGGGAAAACAGGAAGGAGAAGCUGGAACUACUAAAAGGGUUGAGCUUCGGAAAAGAUAACACAGUAAACAUAUCUCCACUUCAACAGGAUGUUUUGAUCAUAUGGGGCGAGAAUGAUCAGAUAUUUCUGUUGGAGAGAGCAACAGAGCUCAAAGAGCUUCUAGGAAAGAAAGUGAGAUUGGAAGUUAUAAAGAGCGCAUCGCACCUUCCUCAGUUCGAAAAAGGCUACAAAUUCAACAACAUCCUCAAACAUUUCUUGAAUGGUUCUUAAGGAGCUGAGAUCGAACUAUCCAUAACCCACUACGCCGUGCAUGCUACUUUUAUUUGUAGUACUAAGUCAAAUGAAAUAUUGUAACUUGUGGGGAGAUUAUAUAUAUAUGUAUGUACUACAUUAAUUUAAUGUCAACAUGAACUUAUUAGGUGUAUUGAUGACAGCUAUGAUUACGUUGUUUGCAACGUAUGUAUGGGUGCAUUUAUAGUAUACGUACAUGUUCCAACAACUUA